CACACUGGUGACUCACACGCCCCUCCUCUCUCGGCUUAUCUGAGAUACCCACAUCCACUGGCGUCUCCUCUGCAGGGUGGAAAUUCAAGAUAUGCUACUCUGGGGCUCGGCCUGACGUCACUCCCUCGGCACUCAGGCCGACACCUCGCUGUAGAUCGCCUAUAACACCAGUGCAGAGGCGUUGGGAUGGAGGACUCAGCAGGUAAAAACACUUUAAAUACAGCCCCUGGUGUCAAUGAGAGAAAAAUUGGAAUAGAGAUUUCUACUACUAAAAUCUUUGUCAUUGAGGUGCCUAAAGAACGAGCACCUCUCCUUGACAGCCCCCACCCCCAUGGGUCCUCGAGCUUCCAUCCGACCAUUCCAACCAGCUACCAGAACCCUCCUGAUGCUGCUGUUCUGCCUGGUGGUGCUAGUGGUUCCCAGGAUGAGACAGACGGUGGGAUUCUCCCUCAAAGGCAUAGCCACAGGAAGGGCAGUAGGACCAGUGACGGCAGUGAGGUGGCCCUGAGGGUUUACAAAUCGAGGUUUUGGAUCUUGAUAACAUUCUCUAUCUUGGCGUGGUUCCAGUGCGUCCAAUGGAACACUUGGGGUCCCAUUAGCGAGAGUGUCGACAGGGCCUUCGCAGGAUGGGGGUCUCAGACAGUAGCCAUGAUGGCUAAUUGGGGUACCAUUACCUUCGUCUUGUUUGUCAUACCCAUGUGCUGGCUAAUGGAAACCAAAGGACUUCGAGUGGGAGUCCUGACAUGCGUGAUCCUGAUAGCCAUUGGGACGGUGGUUAGGAUAAUUCCCUUUUUAACGCACUCUGACUCGUUCUUCACAGCAAUGUGUCACAUCUGUGCCAUUUUUGUGGGCAUCCCAGGAACUCUCAUAAUGGCUGCCCCCCCCAUGAUAGCUGCCCUCUGGUUUCCCCCAAAGGAACGGACAACUGCCACAGCUUUCUCGCAGGUCAUGAACCAGCUUGGUAAUGCCGGCAGUUACUUAGAACCUCUGCUUGUGAGGUCUCCAGCUAGUGGUGCUACUCAAGAGGAAAUCCAGAGUGAUAUUAAGCUCCUGAUGUAUAUAUAUGCUGGAUUUGCCGUUGCGUUAAUGUUGGCAAUUCUAGCGUACUUCCCCUCCAAGCCCCCUACCCCUCCCUCGAUAACUUCGUCUAUCGAGAGGCAUGAUUUUGCAACCAGCCUUAAAAAGAUUAUUAGAAAUCGAGAUCUGAUGUUAGUCACCUUCUCGUAUGGUGUGUCUGUGGGUGUUCCGGCUGCCUGGUUAAGUGUGCUGAAUUACUCCCUGAAAGAACUAGGAAUCAACCAGGAUGAUGCAAUGUGGAUUGGAAUUCUGGGUGUCAUCUUGUCAGGCAUAUGUGGCUUGCUGGCAGGUCGCAUGACUGAUAUAGUUUAUGGACAUGUGCGGAUAUCUCUCAUUUUCUUGAUGAUAUCGACUGUUGCCUUCUUCUACUGGUUCUUCCUCCUCACUUGGGGUUCCAUUCCAGUGACCAACUGGCAAGUCUAUUUAACUGUCGUCGGAGGUUUAUCCUUUAACUUCGCGACGGCUCCUCUUUUCUUCGAGUUGGCGGUGGAGACGGCAUACCCUUGUCCAGAGGUGGUUGUCGGGGGCCUGGUCACGGCGACCAAUAAUCUACUCGGUCUCUUCUUCCUCAUGCUGUUCUUCAUUCCUAAUAUAGGGUACCAGUGGGUGACAUACUUGCUACUUGCCUCUUCCUCGACGGCGAUCCUGCCCUUGCUGUUCGUACGGGAGGACUACGCCAGGUCCAACAUCGACCGAGGAGAGCCUGUCGAGUCGGCCUACCAGCCCAUAUGACAGAAGGCAAAUAUUGAUCAUAAGAAGAGGUUCCCCGAAUCGAUUAAGAUAGAAUGAGUGAUUAUGACCGGUGACCUUGGAGUUGUGGAUUUGGUUGUUAGAUUUCGGGAUCGGUGAUUUUUACUCCGUAAUUUGGUUUCAGAUUAGAGUUGUGAAGGAUUUAGGAAAGGUGUUACUAUUGUUUUUAAUGUUUAUUUUUAAAAUAAGGUCUACCAGAUAUUUAUGCUAUUUUUUGAAAUGAAAGUAAUUUUAUGGAUAUCUCUGUUAUUUUAUAUAACUUAUUUUAAUUAUAUAUAUAUCUUAUUUUACUUAUAUAUAUAUCUUAUUUUACUUACAUAUGUAUCUUAUUUUACCUCUGAUAAAUUUGUGAUAGAAAAUACCUCAUUGUGAUAUUUGUUAAUACUGACUCAUAAGAGAUUAUUUCUCACUGACGUUCUUGUGUUUAGAUUAACCAACUUCUACUGUUUGUAGGAGGUAUGUGAUAAAAAGCAUGAGGGGAGUGAAUGCCUAAGGUAUUUGGAUAUCUGUAGAAAGGUGUUUUGUAACUGGUAUUUAUCUUUAAAUGUCAGAUUUAUCACUAGUCUUUUGAGUUCAGGUACAAUUUCAUGGAGGUGAGGUGUGUAUGAUCAGAAACUAUGAAGAAAAACAGUCAUAAGACUUGUUUCAAAGGGUGUUUGAUGCUAAAUGGAAGAAUAAAAUAGAUUUGCUUCAGUAAUAAUUUUACACUUAGAGAUUCAAAAUUUGGUUUACUGAAACUGUUUAGUUUAGCACAGUGUAUGUGGAGGGAAAAUUGGGCUUCAAGUACAUUUGUAUAAUGAACACUUGUGUGCUUUGCUAGUCUGUAUGUCUGACCACCAUACAUGCUCAUAUAUUUAGAAUCAGACAUAUAUGUCCAGUAUCAUAUGAUGUAUAUUGUCUGUUAGGACAUUAGAAAUAUACUAUAUUUAAAGCAAAGUAAUUUUAAUUUUGUUGCUGAAUUUUAGUCAGGUUGUGUAAUUAAGCUAAUGCUUUAUUUUGAACUGUGGUUAGUGCUGCCAGUGGUAACACAUAUUACAAACACUUUAAGCAUUCUUGUAUUCUGGUCUGUGUCAAGCAAAUCGUAGUUGGUUUCGUGGCAUGUCUAUGGAAAAGCAUGUACACUAGACCACAGGAUUAAAUUGGAGCUUAGCCUGACAUGAAACCAGGGCCUUCUAUUCACAAAACUAACUUUCUACCUUUAAACUAUGCCACGUCCCUUGGUAAUGUAACUCAUAUAUUUAGAUAGGGUGAUGGUAUUCUUAGUUACAACGAUUUAUAAGACGUAGGUUUCGGCCAGUAGUUUUGUUAUCAGUAUUUCCAGAAGGGAUAUUAUAUAUAAAAUGACUGUCCCAAAGAUUCUAUUUUAUAAGGCAUAAAGAUAAUGUUAUGUAGAAUGAAUACUGCACUUUUUAUACAGUUAAUAUUUGAAUUCUCAGAUACUAGAAUGUGAAUGACUGUGGUAAUGCAGUGAAGAAUUCUCAAGGCAAAAUGUUUUAUUGAUAGGAUUGCUUGUAAUUUAGUUAAAUAAACUGUAAUUGCUUUAUAAA